AUGCGGGACCAGCGGCGGCAGGAGCCGCCACGGGUACUGGUGUACGAAGACGGGGUCCAACCCGUACCUGCACCGGACCCGGAGGCCUGUGAGCAGGUGGUGCCACCACCGGAGGACGAAAACUGGGAGGAGUUGCCCCAGGCGUUCAUGGUGGACCACCACGCCUCGCCGGAGGAGCAGUCAGCUAACGCGCAGGCUACUCACUACCGGGAGAAUGAGAUGAUUUGGGCCACUGACGACAACCACACCCGCAUGUUCGGGGACGAGAAGUGGCUGCGAGUGCUGCUGCUCUUUGGGGGCAUUGCGGCGGAGUUGGAGGCGCUGCUGAAGGCCGGGGUCAACAUCAAGCAGGUCGUGUACGUGGACAACGACCCGGGCUUCUCGCGGGCCAAUCGACAGGCCCGGGGGCUAGAGGACCCACGCUCCAGUCUCUACCUGGAGGCGGUGCGCGUGCUGGCGACCAUCCAACGCCUGCAGCGGCCCUGGGGGCACGAGCCGGGCUACAUAUUCGAGAUGGUGGACGCGAGCGAUCACGCCAGCCCGCCAGCCCGGUGGGGCUUUCAACAAAUGGAGCUCAUCAGCGGAGGCUACGCGGGGAGCGGCAUCCGGCUCGACGCAGCCAAGUUGGGGUCGGCAGCCCACCGGACCCGAGUGUUCUGGACCAACUUGGCGCGCGCAACCGACAUCCAGGAGCGCUACACCCAGUUCGACCGCGACCAAGUCUGGGACCGACUGGACGCACAGGACGCGCUGGACAACUUCCGGGCAGUGCAAUUGGCGGCCCAGGACGACCCCGCAGUACCGGGGUACUACCGCGUCAACAUGAAAGGGGAGCCUUUGCAGGGUUUUCCUACUUUGGUGGCGACCCCAAGCUCCUACGCCUUCCGCUUUCAAGCCAACCAACCGGGGCCGGGGAUGGUGUACGACCGCAACGUGCGCAAGUGGCAGGAGCCCAACGCCGACGAACGGGAGCGGAUCAUGGGGAUGCUGCCAGGGUCCACAAGGGGCUACAAUGUCCCGGAGGCAGAACGCCGGAGGCUAAUCGGGAGCGCCACCGACGUCCGCGCCUAA